CCCACAUCUCUCAGCGACGACCACGAUGCGGUGGAUACAGCUUCUGACGGCCGCUGUGCUGCCGUUCACAGCCCUGGCAGCGAAGAAAACCUCGGGUGACCGUUUCAAUGACUUCCGCUCCAAUUCGUUGUCCACAGGCGCCAUCAAGCUCGACGAUGCUUCGUAUUCGCAAUUGACGAAAGCUCCUAGGGACUACUCAGUCGCAGUCCUUCUCACGGCUAUGGAUACAAGGUUCGGAUGCGUGCUGUGCAGAGAGUUCCAACCGGAAUGGGAUUUGCUGGCCAAAAGCUGGGUCAAGGGUGACAAGAAUGCGGAAAGUCGCAUGGUAUUUGGGACAUUGGAUUUUGUAGACGGGAAGGGUACCUUUCAAUCGUUGAUGCUUCAAACGGCUCCAGUCCUUCUCUAUUUCCCUCCCACUGUUGGCCCCAACGCAAAGGUCGGUGCGCAGACGGCUCGAUUCGACUUCAACCAAGGUCCCCAGCCCGCGGAAGCAGUGCAUGCAUGGAUCUCCCGCCAACUCCCCGCGAACAUCCCCAAGCCUCCGAUCGUCCGCCCAGUCAACUGGGUCAAGAUUAUCACCGUCACCACCGCAAUUCUCGGUGUAAUCACCUUCUUCGCCGUCGCCGCCCCUUACGUCGUUCCCAUCCUACAGAACCGCAACCUCUGGGCUGCCUUCAGCUUGAUCGGCGUACUUCUCUUCACCAGCGGGCACAUGUUUAACCACAUCAGAAAGGUGCCAUAUGUAGCUGGUGACGGUAGGGGAGGAAUUAGCUAUUUUGCUGGUGGAUUUAGCAACCAGUUCGGUCUGGAAUCGCAGAUUGUAGCGGCGAUUUAUGCUGUUCUCUCCUUCGCUGCCAUCUCCCUAGCCAUCAAGGUGCCCCGAAUUGCCAACCCGAAAGCGCAGCAGUUAGCCGUCUUCUUGUGGAGUGGGGUCAUUCUCUGCACAUACAGCUUCCUCCUGAGCAUUUUUCGGAUGAAGAAUGGAGGGUAUCCGUUCUGGCUGCCUCCGUUCUAGAGCUUCUGGGAGGCUUGAGCGUACUCAAGGCAGGCAGCGCGGAAUUAAAGCGUCACAUUGUUCUGUUUACGAGCGGGACGCACGGGAUUGGUGCUAUCGGUGAAUGUAUGAUGUUUUAGCGAGAUCAUCGUCUGGCGUUGAAUACACGGCUUAGUUCGCUAUAGGUUCUGUAGGAAAAUGGUUGUUCUUCUCCCUUAA